AUGGCGGCUACAUUAGCACGCCGAAGGGCAGAAGACCCCUUUGACAUUCAUGAGGAUGCGCGGACCGAAGAGACUGAGAUGAUGGUAGAAGAAGAUGUUGCUGGAGCUGCGGCAACGGACGAGCUAAUGGAAGAAGACGUCGAAGAAGAAGAAAACGAGGAGGAAAACGAAAGCUCAGACGACGAGUGUGUUGAAAGAGGUGUACAGGCCGACAUGGAAAAGCUGGCUAGUGACUUUCCUGGUUUUCGCGGAAAAUAUCGUCUCAUUAAGAGGAUUGGCGAGGGAACCUUCUCUACCGUAUACAAGGCUGAAGAUGUCCAGUACGAUAGAUAUGACAACAGCUGGGACUUUGAUGAUGAUUCGUCAAAAUGGACCCCUCCGCCUCUCAAAAGACACGCGAGCCACGCAUCAUCAAUGUCAGAGCGCUCCCAACGGCGACGUACGCGAUUUGUUGCAGUCAAGAAGAUUUAUGUCACCUCAAGCCCGGCGCGUAUUCUGAAUGAACUCGAGCUCCUCCAUGACCUGCGGCAAUGCCCCUCGGUCUGCCCCCUCAUUACAGCGUUCCGAAACACGGAUCAAGUGGUUGCCAUUCUGCCAUACUUUCGACACGGUGACUUCAGAGCGUACUUCAGAGACAUGACGACGCCGGAUGUUGCCAUUUAUCUGCGAUCCCUCUUUACCGCUUUGAAAAGCGUCCAUCAGGCCAAAAUUCUUCAUCGAGAUAUCAAACCGACCAACUUCUUGUAUGACCCUGCUACUCAACAUGGCGUCUUGGUCGACUUUGGAUUGGCAGAACGCGAGGGGUCCGAUUGUAAGCCUUGCCUCUGCCACGAACACCGUGAAACACGCAGACACCGGCAGUCUACUUCUGCAUGGGCUCAAAUGGCAACGACUUCGCAACCCGGUUACCCUACCUCGGAUACACGACUGUCAAAGCGUGCAAACCGCGCUGGCACACGAGGAUUUCGUGCUCCCGAGGUUCUAUUCAAGUGCACCGAACAAACCACCUCGAUCGACAUCUGGUCGGCCGGCGUCAUACUUCUGACUAUCUUGUCAAAACGGUUUCCCUUUUUUAACUCGGCUGAUGAUGUGGAGGCUAUGAUAGAAAUAGCAACCAUCUUUGGUUCAAAGCGCAUGAAAGCCGCAGGAUUACUGCAUGGAUGUGUUUUUGAAACCAACAUUCCAACAAUAGGCCAGCAAGGCUUCACAAUGGAGAAGAUUAUCCUGUGGAGCACAUGUCGUACUAGUGACAAGCCGUUGACGCCUGAUGAAAAGCUAGCCGUGCGAUUUCUGGAACGGUGCAUGGACUUGGAUCCUUCAAGAAGAAUCACUGCCGAACAGGCUCUGGACCAUGAAUUUUUGAGCAUUGACCAACCUCAAAGCCAGGAGCUCGGUGACGAGGAUGAGGUCGACAUGCUGGCGGCAUGA